GUGGCUUCGCCUCAACCUGCGUCCUGCUGUGAUCUGCAGUGACCGCGGUUGCCGUAGGGAGGACGCUGGAACACUCUGAAAUGGACUCAGUGACCUUUGAGGAUGUGAUCGUGAACUUUACUUUGGAGGAAUGGGCUUUGCUGGAUCCUUCCCAGAAGAAUCUCUACAGAGAUGUGAUGCUGGAAACCUUUAGGAACCUGCUUUCUAUAGGAAAAGAAUUGGAAGACCAGAACAUUGUAGAUCAGUACAAUAAUCCCAGGAUGAACCUAAGCAAUUAUGUGGUAGAGAGAGUCUGUGAAAAUGCAGAAGGUAGUCAGUGUGGAGAAAUCUUCAGCCGAGUUCCAGAUUGUCAUCUGAACAAGAAAACUCCUCCUGGAGUAAAACCAAGUGAAAGCAGUGUGUGCAGAGACACUUUCAUGUGUCCUUCAUCCCUUAAUGGGCACAUCACAGUUCACACUGGACACAAACCAUAUGAGUGUCAGGAAUAUGGUGAGAAUCUACAUAAAUGUAAAGAAUGUGGGAAAACCUUCAGUUGUCACCACUCUUUUCAAAUACAUGAACGAACUCACACUGAAGAGAAACUGUAUGAUUGUAAGCAAUGUGGGAAAACCUUCAUUUCUCUCAAAAGCAUUCGAAGACACAUGAUGCUGCACACUGGAGAGGCACCUUAUAAAUGUAAGGUGUGUGGGAAAGCCUUUGCUUAUCACAGUUUCUUUCAAUUACAUGAAAGAACUCAUACUGGUGAGAAACCCUAUGAGUGUAAGCAGUGUGAUAAAGCCUUUGGCUGUUCUAGUUUCCUUCGAUACCAUGAAAGCACUCACAGUGGAGAGAAGCCCUAUGAAUGUAAGGAAUGUGGAAAAGCAUUCGUUUGUCUCAAAAAUGUUCAAAGUCACAUGAUAACACACAUUGGAGAUGGACCUUACAAAUGUAAAGUGUGUGGCAAAGUCUUUGGUACUCCCAGUACAUUUCAAGGACAUGAAAGAACUCACACUGGAGAGAAACCCUGUGAAUGUAAGGAAUGUGAUAAGGCAUUCAGUUGUUCCAGUUCUAUUCAAGUACAUGAAAGAACUCACACUGGAGAGAAGCCCUAUAAAUGUAAGGAAUGUGGUAAAGCCUUUAGUUUUCUCAGUUCCAUUCGAACACAUGAAAGAACUCACACUGGAGAGAAGCCCUAUGAAUGUAAGGAAUGUGGGAAAGCCUUCAUUUCUCCCAGAAGCGUUCAAAUGCACAUGAUAACACACACUAGAGAUGGCCCUUAUAAAUGUGAGGUGUGUGGGAAAGCUUUUGGUUUUCCCAGUUCAUUUCAAAGUCAUAAAAGAACACACACUGGAGAGAAGCCCUAUGAGUGUAAGCCAUGUGGUAAAGCCUUCAGUUCUUCUAGUUCUCUACGAUAUCAUGAAGGCACUCAUAGUGGAGAGAAAGAGAAGCCCUAUGAAUGUAAGGAAUGUGGGAAAACAUUCGUUCGUCUCAAAAGUGUUCAAAGACACAUGAUGAUACACACUAGAGAUGGUCCUUAUAAAUGUAGGAUAUGUGGGAAAGCCUUUGGUUUUCCGAGUUCAUUUCAAAGUCAUGAAAGGACUCACACUGGAGAGAAACCCUAUGAAUGUAAACAAUGUGGUAAAGCCUUCAGUUGUUCCAGUUAUGUUCGAAAACAUGAAAGGACACACACUGGGGAAAAACCCUAUGAAUGUAAACAAUGUGGGAAAGCCUUCACUCGUUCCAGUUCUGUUCGAAAACAUGAAAGGAUUCAUUCAGAGAAACCAUAUGAAUUUAAGGAAUGUGAGGAAGCCUUCAAUUCUUGUUCAAGUGUUCAAAAACAUGAACUGCACACUGGAGAUGAACCUUAUAAACCUAAGGUGCGUGGGGAAGCCUUUGAUCAUUGCAGUUUAUUUCAGAUACAUGAAAGUACACGCACUGGAGAAAAACCUUGAAUAAAGAAUGUGGGAAAGCUUUCAUUACCACA